UAAGAGAUUCGUCUCGAGCGGCGCCACAGAUCACUGACCAUUUUCUUGAUGCGUAAAAAAAUAAAAUAUCUGUUAAGAAAGCCGCAGCCGACCAUUGUUAGUGCAUAGUAUCGAUUCUGAGUAUUUUCGAGAACAAUUGUGUGUUUGAUACGGAAACUAUUUUAAUUAUUAUCGUAUUAUCGAAGUAAAGCAUUGAGGAUCGUGCUUUAUGCGAAACAGCGCAUGAACGAUCGAUAUGCCUAUCUAUCUGUAACCUAUGCAAUCGUUGCGGACCGUACGUGUUUAUGGAUGUUUCAAUGGUUGACAGCUGUCAAUCGUACAUAGGUUGGUAGUGAGUCACCGCAUCGUCAGUGGAACUAGGUGAAGACUGCUCACCUCGGCAGACAAACCUAAAAAUCAAGCACUCGCUUUUUUGGCCUCCAAGUUUUGUGCUGGUCCACUACAGGUAUCACACACCAUCACCCACCCCUUUGUUCAGAUGUCCAGGUAUUUUUUUGAUAUAACCGGCAUGGCGUCUAGUUCCGUCAGCCAGGAAGACUUUGACGACUAUGAGUUAGCAUCCAGAAGAUCAAGAAUUAGAACGGCACGAGCAAGGGUUGGUCCACCCAGAACAGGAGACACGUCUUCAAUAAACUUUCAAAAAAGUACACCAAAUGUGGAGGAGUCUCAAGGUGUAUGUGAAACAAGUUCCAACAGUGUGCCUAGUCAUGAGAAUCAACAGAACAAACCAAUAAUGAGGAAACAGGACAAACGUGUCACUGGCCGUGUCUUUAGUGUCGUAUCCUGUUUGCACAGGCCAACGCACAUAAAUAAGGGCAAGCAGCAACGUGACAGACGGAAACUUAGGGAAAAGAGACGAAGUACUGGAGUAGUGCAUUUACCGUCGACGGAGAGUACAGGAGGUAGUACAGGAGAAGAUGAAGAAGAGCUUAGUGGCACUUGUCUUGAAACUAAACACAACACAUAUCACAAUGAGUUCCUUGAUCCUGAACUCAUAGAAGAUCGGACUGCAAAAAUGUUUACACAAAGGCGUAACAAAAGGCAUUACCGUACUUCCUACAGGUCAUGUAUAAAUAGGCACAGUUGCCAUUCCGAUUUUGAAGCAGAUGACGAGGAGUUUGAUUCCUUGAAUCAGUCGGACAGUGUCAACCAAUCGGAUCACGGAAAUCAUGAACCGCAGACAUCAGUAAACACCGGAAAUAGGCCAAGAGUGCCUACACCGACUGGAGACAAUCCUCACGAGUUAAUAGAACGGGCGCAGGAGGAGAACAGAAGGCUAUUGUCACUCCUCGAAGACCGAGAUCACAAGAUCAUGGCGUUAGAAGCACGCUUGCUGCAACAGCAACAUGAAAUGACGUUGGAACGGGAACGAUUGCGAGACGAGAACGCCGCGUUAAUCCGCGCAAUGGCAGCUUUGGCCAGCAAUUAACUUCUCUUUACGCGGGACAGCCCGGCGACGCACUGUCUAUUUUACGGAUCGAUUCUUAGAGACCGCGGAUCAGCCGUGAAUAAGCAACAUAUACCAAUAGUUUCCAUUAAUCGUGAAUUUACCCGUUAAUAAUAGCCGGAAAAGGACAGAUAGCGAAGCGGCUCUUAAACAGAUACGAAAAGAGAGACACAAAGGCAGAAACGAAACCGACGAUUCAUAUAAAAAAUCGCAGCCCGAGAGAAUCAGGAUACGUUACGCUACAUACAGUCCGCUCUCAAUUCCUCUGUAUCAUGUUUUUUCGUAACAAGCAAUAGAUCUCGUCGCACGAGCAAAGAGAAGUAAUCAUAAUUUAUCUGCUUCACCUAUAGAGCUUUAGUUGAGUGAAUUUUAUUAUGCAAUGAGAGUAAAGAAGAAAAAAAGAUAUAUAUAAAUAGAUACAUAUAAAUAUAUAUAUAUAUAUAAAUAUAUAUUGUUUUGCGUCGUCGUAUCGUUGGUAUCUAAUCAUGGUCGAUAAUGGUGGGGUUAAAUAUGUUUUUCGCGAUGUAACAGCGUAAACAGUAGACGAGGUGCUCCAGUUUGUUAUAUAUCAUUGUUAGACGAGUGAUCAAGAUUAAGAAUCGUCUUUGAAUCUAUGCUUGACGCGAUCGCGAAUCUCCUCUAAGUAACGACGUUUUUACUGUAAAACCGAUCUGCGUAGUGUGACGUGCAAAAUAAUAUCCGUCUGAAAAUAUUUCUCGGUAAUCACUUCCAUCUACGAAAUUAUUAAACACUGUAGACAGUGUCCGUUGCCAAUUCUAUCAAAGCAUAAGGAUAACAAGAUUUCCUUCGAUACCGUAACGACACACGUCUAUUAGAAUAUUAAUUGAAAAGGAUCGUUUUUGUACCCCAUAGUUUUGCACGUCACUAUAUAUCAGCGAUGCUCGACACGUUCGUCGUGCCGUGUCACUUUUUUACCCGCGAAAAUGUUCGCUUCGCCGCUCGUCUCUCUCUCGUUGGGGUGACGAAUGUGUUUACAAGAAGGGUGUUUAACGUGGAAACAAAUUCGGACGUGGGUUUGUGCGAAUCAAUUCGCGAACAGAGAGGCACAGAACAAGCAAUUCCGUAUCGCAUUUAAUUCGACCGUGCGAGAGGGAUCGUGUUUGAGACGGGGGGCGAGUAACGAGGUCCAGAAGACAAACCACGAAUCCUCUAUCUACUAUUACUUGUAAUACCGUUACAACUAAAGCUCCGGCUUAUCCGUUCAAUCCGCCAUUGUAAACGGAUUCAUGGGCGCGUUGCGAUUCCGUUUGGAAGCAGACACCGACUGGAGCCUUAGUUACAACCUAAUAUUUUACACAGCGAUGCGUGUAUACAGGGCGUCUCGCGUAAUAUGACAGCAGCACAAGGUACGGUCAUUAAAUCCUUGGGACAGCCUAUGUAUACACGUGUGCAGCUAGAAAAAGCAGGAGACUGAGAAUGCGAGUUACAUUGUGCAUGUUGAGCGAACAUUGUCGAGAGAAAGUAACAGGUCGAAUUUGUAAUUUACGUACUUGAAUCGUAUGCACAAUCACGUUUUUAUUUGUUGAGGGGAAAUAUAAAUCUCGGAACAAUGAAACGAGGAAAGUGGCAACCACGCGAACGGCUGCUCCGCUUUACCGUCCGUUUCACCGCGGGACGCGCCACGGCGGCCAUCUUGGUCCCGCGUGUCCGUCGAUUUCGAGGGAAUCAUGUUCGACAGAAAAGAUUGCUCGGUCUAAGGAUUGAACCCGACUCCAUCGCAAGAAUUUGGAAACUUUAUUAUAUUCGAAAUUC